AGCUGCGCUCGUGCGUCACGAUAGCCUGUGGUGUCACCACUGGCGACAAACAAAGAUCGAAAGGGCCAACGCAGGAGAGGAGGCGGCCAGGUGUUUCGCGAUUGGCAAGGUUGCAACGCCAGGCUGGUGCCCAAUUGCUCGAGGCGUAUUUGACGUCGGCCUCUCAGUAGGGGCCUACACCUGCUUGCACAAUGAAGGCGAGCGCAAGCAGCGAGAAAGCGCUGCAGGAUGCAUCCCAUAACGCUGAGGAUGAAAUGGACGCAGCGGGAAAGAGGAGGAGGGUACAACGUGCCUGUGAUAUUUGCCGGCGAAAGAAGAUCCGCUGCGAUGGGGCGCAAGAGGAUUCCGGAGCUUGCAGCAAUUGUAACAAUUUCGGGCUGGAGUGUACGUUUGUCGACGCGGCAAAAAAACGCACGCCCCCACGAAGCUAUGUCGAUGCGUUAGAGGCGCGCAUUGAGAAGUUGGAGCUUCUAAUCUCACAAUUAGCGCCCGGCAUGGACUUUACUGAUCGCAUCGGUCCACCAGUCACGCUUGAAAACGCAAAGGAAGGUCUCGAGGCAGAGCGCAACAGUCGAGACGACGCAGGCUGCAACCCGGUAGGUGCGCUUGGUCACGAAUCUAGAUCCGCGAGCACUUUCGAGAACGCAGGCACGUCCGAUGACGACAGCGAGCGAGAAGGUGUGGCGUAUCUCAUCAAUGCGAUAUCAAAGGCCGCAAUCGAUCAGGAUAAUCAGGAAGAAUCUCCUUGUCCAGACUCUUCCAAUCCAUCACAGAGAAUGUUUCUGGUUUCCUCCACUCAUCGGGACGAUCGUGUGCUCGCCUUGGGGUCAUCAGAUAGUACAUACACCUUCAAUACACGCCAAGAGCCCAUCAAGUUCUUCGGCAAUUCCUCUGGCGUCGCCUUGGUCGUCCUGAUUCAGAAGAUGUCAGCGACGCUAGACACGAUGCCUGCAGGCAAGAGCGAGGCCAUCAACGCGCUUGAGCGGAUGCUUUGCUUUCGUGGGCAAGAGUACGACCGCCUCUGGAUGGGGCGCCCGAAAGUGCUCGACCCCAAGAUGGACCUCCUUUGGCCGGAAGCGGAUCUGGAGGAGAAGUUGCUCGACACAUACUUUACCUACGUUCACCCACGGUGUCCAGUUGUCAACGAGUUCUUCUUCCGGGACGAGCUGCGCAGUCGACCAGAGCUGCGCCAGAACGUGGACUGGGUCUGUGUUGCCCUCGGCAUCUUUUGCUUGGCUUCGAGACAUUUGUCCGAUCCGAGGCUCGAAAAGUAUUCUUUGAAAGAUGGCCAGUGCACGGAGCCCGGCCUGCGCUGGUACCACAUCCGUACAGCUCUUGGCGCACACGAGGUGUCCGAGACCCCCAAUAUCUACAUCGUCCAGUCACAGCUGCUAAGUGUCGGAUAUCUUCAUGGCGUACCUGCCGGUGCUACUAUCAGCUGGGCAAUCCUGGGCAUGGCAAUCAAGGUUCUGCAAGGUCUUGGCGCGCACAGACGCAUCACGGCCAAGCGCCUCAAAGCAUCGCUUGUCAUUGAGGAGACUGUGCGCAGGGCCUUCUGGGUCGCGUACGAUUUCGAUCGCGAGCAGGCCUCCGGUCUCGGCAGGCCUCUGAUGAUCCAAGAUGAGGACUUUGACGUCGCUGAGCCGCUCGACAUUGACGACGACGUGAUCUACGAAGCAUCCAAGAACGGGACCGUUCCCGUCCAGCCGGAUGGCCGACCGAGUAAGUUCUCCGCUUUCAUCACCUCCCUGAAGCUGCAGACUAUCGUUGGACGCGCGUUGCGAACGAUCUACGCGAUCGGAAAAGCAAAAGCCAUGCGCGGCUUCGCCGGAUGGAAGUGGGACCAAUUUAUCGUAGCGGAACUGGAUUCAGCCCUCAAUCAAUGGCUCGACACGGUCCCCGAGCAUCUCCAUUUCAAUCCCAGCGAAUCCGACGAAACCAUCCUGAUGAAUAGUGCGUGGAUCUACACGCAGUAUUAUACCGCUCAGAUCUUGGUGCACCGACCGUUCAUUCCGGACCUCAAGUCGACUUCCCCGCUCAAGUUCCCAUCGCUUGCCAUUUGCACCAACGCUGCUCGCUCAGCUGGACACAUCUUUGAUGCGAUUCAGAUGCGCAACCUCGUGCAUCUAGUCGAUAACCGGAUCUUUAUGCGUGCAUUCGCCGCCUCGACUGUGCUCCUCGUGAUGGUCUUCACCUCCCGCAGCUCAUGCUCUGCCAUGACUGAGGUGCGCAAGACUAUUCGAUUCCUGAAAGGCUCGUCCAAUCGCAGGAUAUUUGGCGGCCUCAUGGCCCAGACGCUCGUACAUCUUGCAGACUUGGCCGAAGCUCGCUUCAAGGAAGCAAAAGAACAAGGCAAGCGUCCGAAGAAGCGACAACAUGCCGAUGCGACCGGCAAGCCCGAACACUCGCGGCAAAAUUCCAAUUAUCACGACGAAUCGCCAACUGACUCUCCGAAGUAUGCCACGCCAUAUCAAGGAUCAACACCAUCGUCCAACACGUCGCAGAUUUCGUCGCAGCCGCUAGAAAAUCUACCAUUGUCGACUUAUGAGCUCGCCGCAGCAUUCCAGACCAAGUCGUCCGGCGGCCAUGAAUCAAACGCGUCCUCUCUAGCCGCUCAUGCGUUUGCCGACUUGACCUUCGCGAACCCCUUUGCGGGUGGCGGACCGUACAGUGCUACUGAGUCAAUAGCACCCGUUGCAUCCCAAUUCGAUACCAGUAGUGUUACCGGCCCUUUCGGGCCAAAUACCACCAACAAUGCAUCCAACUUCCAAAUGUCAGACCUCAAGUCUGAAAGCCAACGUCGCUUGUCCGCAUUCGCCAUCGAUCCGACCAAGGCCCCCUCCGUGGCCAUGUCCGCAUUCUUUGGCGCGAAUGCAUUCCCGGGCUUCGACAGAACACUGAAUGCGGAUGCAGGCCCGCAGAUUCCGUCAUUCCCCUUCAUGACCACGCCUCAGUUCCAGUCGACCGAUUCAACGCUGCCAUUUGGCAUAAACUCAGAGAACGUGCUGAACCCGUCCCUGCUGGACGGAAGCCCAAAUGCCGGAGCCACUGAAGACACGCUCAACGACCCGUUUAACGGACUGUUCGUUCAGGGUCAGCUCUGGGGAGAAUUUGGCUCUUCAGGCGCGACCUUCUUCCAAUAGCGACGGUCCUGGUGCUUCAUCCUUAUUCGUUAUUCCUUGUAGCAUACCGCCUUGCACCUCUCCCGCAAACCAUACCACUAAUUUGUUCGCCCUU